AUGGGCAUCGCUUGCUUAUCUUUCCACUCCAUAACCAAAACACUUGUAGUAUCUGCUUCAAUUCCCACCAAUACCAACUCUCCUUCUCCGCAAUCCAACACUGAUCCUAAGCCUCCUCCAGUACCAGUUCCAGUUCCCACAAAAACAGCAAGUACCGGACCCAAAAGCACCACUACUCUGCCACUACCAAGAAAGAAAAGAGUCCAAAACAGACUACAACAACAGCUCAAUCUUAUGCACAUUGAACGAGUCAUUGGUGCUGGCAGUUAUCGUGACUACGAGAAGCCCAUUGACCAAGAUAAGAAGAAGAAGGAGAAGAAGUCGGGAUUUAUGGAGGAGGGACCAGUGGAGAAGAAGCUUAGAGAGACUGGAGAGUGGGUUAUCACCAAAACUGAUGGAGAAUUUCGUUCCAAUGAACUUGCAUCCAUGGUUUUUGACUCGGGAUUAGGUUGUGAUCCCGGACCACAGGCUGGACCUUCAACGAACACAAGAUCACUUAAUGAUGGAAGACAUAUAUAUGCCAUUGAUACUGUUAGUAAACAAAAAACAACACUUAAACUUGCUUUAAACAUUACUAAUACUUUGGCUGAUAAAAAAGGUGGGGGGAAGAAGAUAGAAACAAGCUUCGCUAAGAGAAAGAGGAGACAGUCGAUCGAGGAAAGAGAGAAAUUCUAUGGGCACACUGCUAUCAACAAUGAAACUCUCUAUUCCCAUUACUCGAAAGCUGCGAGCUUGAGUGAAACACCUCAAAUAGUCCUCCCAAAUCUUUACAACACUCGACGUAGUGCUCGAGUGCAAAGUUCUUUUCAAAUACGUCUUUACUCUUCCGGUUCAAAUACAUUUGCCAAAAACUCCCUGUAG